CAAAUCCAUUCAGUUUCUUCCCCAUCAUACUCCCUUCUCAAAUCUCUCUCAAGGGGGAAUUUCUUUGAAUUGCAAGAUGGCAACCGAAACCUUAUUAUCCGCCAACUCAGACGUGAACCAGGAGACGAAAGGGGAGUACCGUGGGACAUUUGCGGGCCCCGACGAGUCAAAGGUGCCGGAGAGUUUCGUUUGGCCAGAUGAUCUUAAGGGAUCGCAGGAGGUGCCGGUGCUGCAUGUGCCACAUAUUGACAUAAAUAAGUUUAUGAGUGGCAAGGAAAGUGAUGUUGAAGAGGUGACGAGGCUGGUGGAUGAGGCUUGUAGAAAACAUGGAUUCUUUGUGGUGGUGAACCAUGGAGUUGAUAUGAAAGUAAUGGAAAGUCUUCAUGAAUGUAUGAGUGAGUUUUUCUCAAUGCCUAUGGAUGUGAAGCAAAGGGCUCAUAGGAAGUUCGGUGAGAAUUUUGGAUAUGCUUAUAGCUUCUUUGUGAGAUUCUCCUCCAAUCUUCCAUGGAAGGAAACUUUUUCCCUUCCCUGUGUUGCUGCUGGUGAAAACUCCUCCUCUGCUUAUGACUAUGUUAUUGAAAAAUUAGGCUCAUCAUUCUCCCAUCAUGGGAAGGUGUAUCAAGAUUGUGCGAAUGCAGUGAACGAUCUGGGCAUGAAGAUAUUGGAGGUUUUGGGGUUGAGCCUUGGCGUUUCAAGAGAAUACUUCAGGAAUUUCUAUGAGGACAAUGAUUCCAUAAUGAGGCUUAAUUAUUACCCACCAUGCGCGAAGCCAGAACUUGUGUUGGGAACUGGCCCUCAUUGUGAUCCCACCUCCAUAACAAUCCUUCACCAAGACAAGGUAAGUGGCUUUCAAGUGAGCGUCGAUGAUCAAUGGUAUUCAAUUCCACCAACCCCAGAUUCCUUUGUCAUCAAUAUCGGUGACACUUUCAAGUCUCUCACAAAUGGGAUUUACAAGAGCUGCGUACACAGAGCUGUAGUGAAUAGCGAGAGUGUAAGGAAAACAAUGGCUUUCUUUAUAUGUCCAAAUCAUGACAAAGUGGUGAGAGCACCGGAGGAAUUGGUGGAGAAGAAUCCACCACGAAAGUAUCCAGAUUACACAUGGGGAACGUUGCUUGAAAUUACUCAAAAGCAUUACAGACCUGAUUGCAACACUUUGGAAGCCUUAACAGAUUGGAUUCAAAAGGGAAAGCCGUUGGACAAUGGCUCCACUCUUACCGCCCCAAAAUCAAAAGAGUUUUCACUUAUGAAACCCCAAAUUCCCAAUUUACCCUUCUUGCCACCCUAUAAAUCUCCCCAACUCCCACCAAUCCAAAUCCAUUCAGUUUCCUCCCUUAUUCUCUCUUCUUUGCAUACAAUGGCUUUGAACGGCAAGGUGGCAACCGAAGCUGCUCCCUCAAACUUGAAUGAGGAGACGAAAGGGGAGUACCGUCCGCCAUUUGGGGGCUCCGACGAGUCAAAGGUGCCGGAGGAUUUCAUUUGGUCGGAAAAGUUUGAGGCGUCCGAGUUGCUGCCGGUGCUGGAUGUUCCAAAUAUUGACUUGGAAAAGUUCAUGAGUGGCGACAAAAGUUAUGUGGAAGAGGCGACAAGGCUGGUGGAUGAGGCUUGUAGACAACAUGGCAUAUUUUUUGUGGUGAACCAUGGAGUGGACAUGGAAAUGAUGGGCCGUGUUCAUGACUGUAUGAAUGAGUUCUUUACAAUGCCUUUGGAUGUGAAGCAGAGGGCUAAAAGGAGGGUAGGUGAGAGCUAUGGAUAUACUAAUAGCUUCUUUGGGAGAUUUGCGAACAAUCUUCCAUGGAAGGAAACCUUUUCCCUUCGCUGUUUGGCUGCUCAAAACUCCUCCGCUGCUCAUGACUAUGUUCUUGACACUUUAGGCUCAUCCUUCUCCCAUCAUGGGAAGGCGUAUCAAGAGUGUGGGAUAGCAUUGAACCAGCUUGGUACGAAGAUUGUGGAGCUUUUGGGGCUGAGCCUUGGCGUUUCAAGAGAAUACUUCAAGAAUUUCUAUGAGGACAACGAUUCAAUAUUGAGGCUUAAUUACUACCCACCAUGCGACAAGCCAGAGGUUGUGUUGGGAACUGGCCCUCACACUGAUCCCACCUCCGUCACACUCCUUCACCAAGACCCUGUCAGUGGCCUUCAAGUGUGCUCCAAUGAUCAAUGGUAUUCAAUUCCUCCAAACCCAGAAGCCUUUGUCAUCAACAUCGGUGACACUUUCACGUCUCUCACAAAUGGGAUUUACAAGGGCUGCAUACACCGAGCUGUAGUGAAUUCCAUGAAUGCAAGAAAAUCAUUGGCCUUCUUUCUGUGUCCAUCUCAUGACAAAGUGGUGAGAGCACCGGAGGAAUUGGUGGAGAAGAGUCCACCACGAAAGUAUCCAGAUUUUAAAUGGCCAAUGUUGCUUGAAAUGACCCAAAAGCGUUACAGACCUGAUUGCAACACUUUGGAAGCCUUCAAAACUUGGGUUCAAGAGGGAAAGGCAUUGGACAAUGGAUCUACUAUUACCGCCCCGUCUGCUUAAACCAACCGUAACUAUGUCUCCCUAUAUGUGUCAAUAAGUGGUUCUUUGAUUAUGAGCUUUCUAGGGAAGAAGAAUAUCGUGUAGCGUUCAGUCGUCUAUGUAUCUCUUCUAUGUUGCUGGACGUUGUAGAAAAAAAAAAGCUCUUUAAUAUACACAUGUUUCAUUUUACUUA